UUUUACGAAUUCGAAAUUCAAAUUUGGCAAUAAGAUCCAACUAACAUUCUUUUUUUUUCCUUGAAGCAAGGCGCCUUAACAAGUAAUUUAACAUACAGAUCUCGCUUGAAUUCCAAAAACCCCAAUCCCCAAAAAUACCCAGACAACAACUCUCUGCACCGAGCUCGGUUUCCAUUUCUGUUUCCAAGAAACGCUUCCAGAAAAAGCACUUUCCACAACAGAUAGAGAGCAGUUCAAGGUUGAUUCAGCUUUUACAGCUUGAUUUCUCAAAUGGCUACUCCUGGAAAAUGGCUGAAAUCACUUGUCAAUCCCAAAAAGGCCACCAAUUUUGACCAAGAGAAGAUGGGGGACAAGGGGAAGAAGAAGUGGAAGCUAUGGAGGAGUUCAUCGGAAGGGUUUGGGUCACCGGCCAAAGGUGGGGUGAAGAGGAGCCAAGUGACGGCUUCAAAGACCACGUCGAAUUCGGUUGAUGAUGCACUGGCUGCUGCAAUGGCUGCUCUGGUCAGAACUCAGCCUAAAGAUUUUAAGGUCCUCAAGCAAGAGUGGGCUGCUAUUCGUAUCCAAGCCGUGUUUCGCGGAUUCUUGGCAAGGCAGGCUUUGAGGGCCUUGAGAGCAGUGGUAAGGCUUCAGGCUUUAUUUCGUGGUCGGCAGGUUAGGAAGCAAGCCGCGGUUACACUGAGGUGCAUGCAGGCACUUGUUCGAGUUCAGGCUCGAGUGCGAGCACAAAGAAACUCUGAAGAAGGGCAAUCUGUGAAUGACACAUUGGAUGAACAAUUCUACCAAGCUGAUCCCAUUAAGCAGGCUGAGCAAGGAUGGUGUGAUAGUCCCGGAACGGUGAGUGAAGUUAGAGCAAAGCUUCAAAUGAGACAAAGAGGAAACAUAAAGAGGGAGAGGGCAAUUGCAUACUCCUCUCAACAGAGACCAAGGUCUGCCAGUCCAUAUAGUAGGGGAAACAAGACACCAAAGGAUGUUAGACAUCAGAAGGUAGCCGAAAAGACUUCAGGAUGGAACUGGAUAGAAAAGUGGAUGGCAGCCAAACCAUGGGAAAACAGACUGAUGGAAGAGAUUCAUAGCGUGCCAUCGGAAGUGACUCAUCCUUAUUCUAGGAAAAGUGAUGGCAGUGUUGGCUUUUGUCCAUUUUCUUCUGAACAGAACUUGGUGAAAGUAACGAGGAACAAUGUCACAACUAGGGUUUCUGCUAGGCCUCGUACAGCAAGUCCAAUUACUCGCUCAUCUUCUGCCCCGAGUUCUGAUUUUUUACAGGAUGAGACCUCAGGAUCACAUUCUUCUACGUCUUCAACUUUAGCGUCAGGAAACUCUAAGGUAGAAAAUGUAGAGGAAGCUAAUGUAGGGAAACCCGGUUACAUGAAUCUCACACAAUCAACUAAGGCCAAGCAGAGAACUUCCAAUUGUUUUAAUAUGCAGAGGCAUUCCAUGGAGGAGUAUCAUUAUCAUAACAAGUCAAUGGGAUUGUUUAACGAUGAUACAAGGAGCAAUGGCGAUUCUGAUCUGUAUCCUCCAGUAUUCGCUGGUAGAGCUGAACGAGUAAGAUAUCGAUGAGAUCAAGAUCUACUAAGAACUGCCUUCUUGCACUAGGUGGACUUUUCCAUGAUUUCAACAGCUUGUUGCCCUUGUUUUAACUUCCAUAUUGUUCAAAUUACACAUAGAUUUGCCUCAAAGGAUUACUGAUACAGAACUAAGAUAAGUUUCUGGACAAUUGAUUGUGAUUAUACUGGGAAGUAAUGUUUUUUGAGUGAGUGAUUAUAUGAUUUAAAAAAAUUGUGAAACUUCAUUUCUGA